AUUGAAUUUUUUUUUUAAAAAAAAAACAUAGGUUAUUUGACAAAUACUACAAUGGACAUGUAAAAUCAAUUCACAUAAUCAAGAAUAAUAAAACCAUAAUACAAUAAUGGUUAGUAAAUCCGGUCCAAAAUAAAGUGCCUAUAUUUUAGUCCUCCACCUUCAGAAUUGCCUAGAAAGUGUCAUCAAUCUCUCUCCCUGCCGAGACCUUGGGUAGAUAUAUUUUUCCUUGUUUUCUCUGACUAAAAUCUUGCAACACCAACACCGAUUACCAUGGCUCUGCAACUAUGGGAGACCCUCAAAGAUUCAAUCGUGGCGUAUACUGGUCUUUCUCCUGCAACUUUCUUCACCUGUGUUGCUCUGGGCCUGGCCCUUUACUACAUGGUCGCGGGAUUAUUUGGGUCGUCUGAUCAUGCUCCCCAAGUCAGGUCCAGGAGACUCGAGGAGGAGAUGGAGCCACUGCCGCCACCAGUUCAGCUGGGAGAGGUGACCGAGGAGCAGUUAAAAGAGUAUGAUGGGGCUGAUCCCAAGAAGCCCUUGCUCAUGGCCAUCAAGGGUCAGAUCUAUGAUGUUUCCCAGAGCAGGGUUUUCUAUGGCCCUGGAGGACCUUAUCAUCUUUUUGCUGGGAAGGAUGCUAGUAGAGCCCUUGCAAAGAUGUCUUUUGAGGAAAAAGAUCUUACAGGUGAUCUCACUGGCCUUGGAGUGUUUGAGCUUGAGGCAUUACAAGACUGGGAAUACAAGUUCAUGAGCAAAUAUGUGAAGGUCGGAACUGUGAAGAAGACGGUCCCUGUAACCGAGGGCGAAGCCAACGGUGAAGCUGCUGCAAGUGGUGCCAGUGAGGAAACCAGUGGCGAACCAAAGCCUACAGAGACUGCAGAACCUGAUGUUGCAAAGACUGCCGAGGACAGUUCAUCAGAAAAUGUUGAAAGCAAACCCGAAGAUGCUGAGAAGAAAGAGUAAAUUGUCUAAGAUGAUUCUCAAGUGCUCAGGGAUUAAGGGUGUCAAUUUUAUUGGACAUGCGAAUAGUGUAUCAUCAUAUGGUCAUUGUCUACCUUCUCAAACUAUACUCUUAGUUGUGUUAAUUAGCGGAGUAUCAGUAGCUUUUGUUGGUUGUAUCAACUCAAGUACAAUAAUCAAGGUGAAAUUCCCCCGGAUUCUGCAAUUGCCAACUGCGCUUAUGAAUAUGAAUGUUUAGUUCUUAGAUGUGGAAUUCUGGUUCUGAGUUAGGAAUGCCAACACUCAGGAUUUUCUCUCAUUAUGAUAAUCACUAAUACUAUGCAGUAUGGUGGAGUAUGGGCCCUGCUGCCCUGAGAUUUUAAAGUAGUGGCUCAUUACUGUACUGCCACAGCCCAUCUAACAUGGUACAGAAAAUGCUGUUAUCACCCAACUGCCCAAGUGCCCAUCCAUGUGGAGUUGUGAAACUUUCUUUUGGAAAUUGGCAUAUGAACAAUCUAUCUUGAAUGAUAUAUACUCCUUCGGUCUUUAUUAAUAAAGUAUUUUGAUUACGUCCUAGGUUUUACUUAAAAUAUCGUUUUAAUUGUAAAAAAAUCUUAGAAAUAUAUUUUUACAUUUGUUGUGUUAUUUUAAUUAUUAUGAAAUGUGUUUAAAAUUUUUAUUUUAAUUAAAAAUAUAUCUUA